CACCCUAGCAGGGGCGUCGGGGGUUCUGGACUUGGUUGCCACUUCCUGAGCCGCGGGGAUGGAGGCGUCGCGCUGCCGGCUCGGACCCCGCGGGGACAGGAAGGGGUGAAAUUCAGAAUGAUGUUCUUUGAAAGAACUGAUCAGAAAAAAACAGAAGGAAGUCUCAAGAAACAAAGACCACACCCUGUAUUUGCGGGGGGGGGGGGGGGGGGAAGGAAUCUCUUCAUUGAGUGCCUUUGAAGAUGAGACCAUGAAGCUUCGACAGCUGAAACUAGAUAAUCAGAGAGCACUGCUGGAGAAGAAGCAGAGAAAAAAGCGCCUUGAGCCACUCAUGGUACAGCCAAAUCCAGAAGCAAGGCUUCGUCGAUCAAAGCCAAGAGGUAGCGAGGAGCAAACUCCUUUGGUGGAACCUCAUACCCCACAGAACGAUGUCAUCUUACAUGGCAUUGAUGGUCCAGCUGCCUUCUUGAAGCCAGAUGCUCAAGAUUUGGAAACCAAACUUCACGUUCUCUCAGUAGGCUCCUCUGCUACAGAAGAAGAUACUGAAGAAAGUGUUGAUGGAGAAAGCACUUUGGAGACUGUGUCUAAGCCAGAUCUCCAGGAGAUUCUCCAAAAACAUGGUAUCUCAGGUAGUUUGAACUUCGAUGAAGAGGAGACCGAUGGGGAGGAAGAAGGGAAAAAAUUAUGUCAUUCACCAUAUUCAGAGGCAGAGAGACCCAAUUCUGCAUCCAGCCAGAAAUCAACUACAGAUAUAGGAGCUUCCGGAACUGCAGCCCAACAAAUGGAUAACCAGCUGGGGGAAGUGGAGAACUUAGAGGACUUUGCAUAUAGUCCUGCCCCUCGGGGUAUUACAGUCAAGUGUCGGAUAACCAGGGAUAAAAAAGGAAUGGAUCGGGGUCUCUUCCCCACUUACUAUAUGCACUUGGAAAAGGACGAAAAUCGAAAGAUAUUUCUUCUUGCAGGUAGAAAGCGGAAAAAGAGCAAAACAUCCAACUACCUUAUCUCCACUGAUCCAACAGAUUUAUCUCGUGAAGGGGAAAGUUAUAUUGGCAAACUCAGAUCCAACCUCAUGGGGACCAAGUUUACAGUUUAUGACCAUGGCGUUAGCCCGACCAAGGCCCAAGGUCUGGUAGAAAAGACGUAUAUCCGGCAGGAGCUGGCAGCCAUCUGUUACGAAACAAAUGUACUUGGAUUUAAAGGUCCUAGGAAAAUGUCUGUGAUUGUUCCAGGGAUGAAUAUGAAUCAUGAACGGAUCCCAUUUCGGCCACGAAAUGACCACGAGAGCUUGCUUUCCAAAUGGCAAAACAAAACCAUGGAGAACUUGAUUGAACUGCACAACAAAGCCCCAGUCUGGAACGAUGACACGCAGUCCUACGUCCUGAACUUCCAUGGCCGUGUCACUCAGGCAUCAGUGAAGAACUUUCAGAUAGUCCACGAGAAUGACCCUGACUACAUAGUCAUGCAGUUUGGACGCGUAGCAGAUGAUGUGUUCACCCUGGACUACAACUACCCGCUGUGUGCACUUCAAGCCUUUGCCAUUGGGCUUUCUAGCUUUGACAGCAAGCUGGCCUGUGAAUGAGGAAACAGCAGGCGCCUAGCUUUCUCACUCAGAGCUUUCAGGAGCCGAUACUUGCCUCCUUUGCUUUUGCCCCAGGCCAUGAAGAGCACCAGCCCGCCCCUUUGGGAGUAAUCCCCGAAUGUAUGUAUAUGUGUCUAUGUGCAUGUGUACAUGUGUAUAUGUGUAUAUGCACACACGCACAUACAUACACAUUCAACUUCUCUGGGCUCCACAGACCAGGUCAGGGGUCACGGCUUCACCUGGGUGAGGGGUGGUUCAGAGCACAGAAGGUUCCUGUCCAGAGCACAUUGGUAACUCCCGAGGGGACUGGCCAGCACAUUCUGUGCCUCUGCGGUCAGAUUUCCUGCGCUUGGGAACUUGCAGAUAGAAUCAGGUUCUAAUGAUUACUUCCCAGGAUCUUUUUUUGGGGAAGACCUUUCCAGAGUAGGACAGUUGCCUAAAUUGCCUUUAGUCUUCAGGUCUGCAGACUUUUUCUGUAAACGGCCAGAGAGUCCCUUACAGCUGCUCAGCCACAGCCAGUUCAGAAACCCGGGAGUGUGGCCGUGUUCCACUGAAACCUGGUUUACAAAAACAAGCAGCACACUAGAUUUGGGAUAUUGCUGUACGUGAUGGGCCUCGGCAUCUUCCAGAAUGAGCCCGUGGCUGUGACAUCAUAUGAGUGGAACAUAUGAGUGGAACAUGGGUAUCUCUAGGGAGCAGUAGUCCCACAGACUGGGGGUCCAAAAGGUACUCUACUUCAUCCGCGUAGCUUUUACAUUGUUUUUUAUUUUUUAUUUUAUUUUUAAAUUUUUUUUAAGUAAGCUUAAACUCACGACCCUGAGAUCAGAAGUUACACGCUCUACUGACGGAUUCAGCCAGAUCAUAAAGAGUUUUGCCAAGUCUUUCAGAUUAUUAGCACCUCCCAACAAAUCCUAGGACUCUGUUUGCCACCGGCUCACUGGUCUCAGAAUGCAUCUGACUCUAGACAAUCCAAGAGCUUUGUGAGUUCUACGUUCAGCAUUGUUCUGCCCCCAAGCCUUUGUGCGCCUGAGCUUUUUGCCAGCAUGGGGCAAGGAAUCAGCCGCUGUUGUUCCAUUAUGUUUCCCUUCCGUGGACUUCCUUUGCGUCCCUGCUUCCUGUCGUUCCUUGCUCCACAUCAAAUAGCGACGAAGGAAAAGAGCUGGGAGAUGAAAAGACUCUUCGCUCGUCCCCCACAGGCGAGGCCUAUCUGUUGUUUUGACGUGAUUGGUUUCCAUCUCAGGCGUGCUUCCUAUCAAGUGCCUCAUUCAUAGAAGUGCCCUAACGCGCCCGACAGACCUCUGGCACCACCGUCCUGACGUACUGUCUGAUCCGCCCUUGUUGAAAACGGAAAGCUGUUCACUUCUCUCCAGUUGCAGUAGAUGACCGCGUCUGGGGAUACGGAGCCUGACAGGAUGGCUGGAUCUAAUCCUGCUUCCUCCUGCUCUGUCUGGCUCUAAGACAUCCAUCCAUACCCCAGCUUCAGGUACUCUCUGCUUGAGUGUGCAGGCGAUUGGUUUUACAGAAAUCAUAUUUAUAACUUUUGUAUGCUACAGAAAUAAAAAAUAAUUUAUAUAAAAAUGUGA